AGGGUAUUUCACAAUGUGAACUUAUCUGAUGCAUCCCUUCGUUUUUCUAUGGUGAUAUUUGUUUUGAUGGUUCCACCCCUCCUAAGUGAUGCUCUCCAAAAUAUACUGAUUACAGAUCCUGACCGUCAGAUGCAUAUUACAUCUUAUAGUUCAGUAAUAAAAAGGCAAGAAGAGUAUCCAACAGAAGUGUUAGGCUCUGGCCUUUGCAAUUGUCCCAGCAUUUCUUCAAUGGUUUCAAUGGCAAUUGAGAAUCAAAUCCAUGAUGGUUUUAGUGUAAUCUUUACGCAAAAUAUGGUCGUCAAGGCCAGCAGUAGUGCUUCCUCGCCACCCCAUGUCCUGACCCUCUCUAACCUCGACCUCCUUUCAGGCCGUUUCCCUGUCACUUACUUCUACGUCUACAGGAAACCACCAGCUGAGAGCUUCGCUUCCGUUCUCAAUGGCCUCACGAGCUCCCUUGCCGAUACGCUCACUCAUUACUACCCAUUUGCAGGCCGAAUUGUAACAAACGCCAAGACCAGCGAGCCGGAGAUCAUCUGUGACAACCACGGCGCCCUUGUCGUCGAAGCCCACGCCAACAUUCCCUUGGACGAGCUAGACUAUUACAAUCUCGACCAGUUUCUACAAGGAAAACUGGUCUCCAUCAACCACGAAUACCCUCUGCAUGUCCAAGUUACGAAUUACACUUGUGGGGGCAUCUCUAUUACCUUCACCUUUGAUCAUGCUCUUGGUGACGCAAGUUCCUUCGGUAGGUUUCUUCUGGCAUGGUCGGAGAUAGCUCAAGGAAAGACGAUUUCUUGCAUACCGGAUCACCGGAGGAAUCUCGUAGCUCGUAGUCCUCCCACUUAUGACCCCUCCCUAGACGAUGCUUUCAUCUCCUGCAGCAUAGAGGAGAUAGCCAACAUACCCACAAAGCACACCUUGCUCAAGCUUCUCUAUCACAUAGAUGCAUCGAGUGUCGAUCGGCUGCAAAGGCUUUCCUGUGUGGAUGGCGUGAAGAGAACAAAGAUUGAGGCUUUCUCAGCCUACAUAUGGAAGGUGAUGGUGAGGACGAUUGAGGAGUCUGAAACCCACUGCAAGAUGGGUUGGUUGGUGGAUGGAAGGACAAGGAUGUGCAGGGACGACCCAAAUUAUUCCAUGGCUAACUACAUAGGAAAUGUCUUGUCCGUGGUCUUUGGAGAGGCAAGUGUGGAAGAUUUGAAGCGGGGGUCACUCUCAGAUGUUGCUAGGAUUGUUCAUGGUGCAAUUGCAAAGGCCACUAAUGAAGCUCACUUCUUGGAUUUGAUCGAUUGGGUUGAGUCUCACAGGCCUGGGCUGAUGCUAUCCAGGAUUGUGCUGGGUCGGGGUGGGCCUGCUCUGGUUUUGUCAUCUGGGCGUCGGUUUCCAGUGGCUGAAAUGAACUUUGGGUUUGGGCCUCCAGUCCUCGGGACGGUCUGUACGACUGUUGAGAAGAUUGGAGUUGGAUACAUGAACCAACGGCCUAGUGCAAGGGGUGAUGGCUCAUGGGUCGUCUCUGCAAUUCUAUGGCCUGAAUUGGCUGAUGCUUUGGAGUCGGAUCCUGAGCGAAUUUUCCAGCCGAUGUCCAGAACUCACCUUGGGCUCUGAAUGAUGAUCACAAAAUGAAAUCCCUCCGGAUGCUCUGGUUUAGAAUGAGUGGUAGUUUAAGACUUUAAGCCUUUAAGGCUAGCUUUGUAUCAUUACGUGUUAACACAUUAACCUUUAUUGUAUACUAAAUCAAUACGACUAUUAAUGGUUAGAACUUAUAACUUAGAAGAA